GGCACGACCGACGGCAGCGGCGACGGCGCCGGCGUCGGCAUGGACGACGGGUGCGUGCUCGGCGCGCUCGACGGCAGGGCCGAGGGCGCGGGCGUGGGCUCCAUGGUGGGCACGGCGGUGGGCGGCAGCGUCGGGAUGGGCGACGGCUGGGACGUGGGCACGCGCGUCGGCGCGGUCGACGGCGCGGCCGACGGCUGGGGCUUCGGCACCGGCGACGGCAUCGCGGACGGCCCCGGCGACGGCUCGCGCGUCGGGCUCGGGUGCGGGCAGGGCGUCGGCACGGCCGACGGCUCCGGCGACGGCGCCGGCGACGGCGGGUCGCUGGGCGCCGGGCUCGGCGAGAGCGACGGCGACGGCGUCGGCGCGGGGUACGGGACGAGCGUCGGCGCGGACGUGGGCGUGUCCGUCAUGACCCAGGUCGGCGCCGGCGUGGGCUCGAUGUAG